AUGGUGGCGAGAUCGUUCUUGCUGGAGAAACUGAGCGCGCCGUACGACAGUGGCGGAGUCGGUAGUAUCAGUGCUGCUGUAGCUCCUGUACCGCUUGAUGACGGUACGUCUGGAGAGUCCAUAUCCAAGCAGAAGCAGCUCGAGAGCAAGAAACAAACGGCCUCGACCAUUGGCUGGUUCUCGAGUCUAUUAAAGGAGGAGAAAUUGCUAUUGGCUAUGGGCGUCUCGGGCAUGACCGUUGCAUCGGCUAUGAAUCUGGUGUUCCCGCGCAUUAUGGGGAAGGCUAUUGACGUGGCAUCGGGCAAACCAGUGCCAGGCGGGCUCAGCCGCAAAGGGUUCGUGGUCGUCGUCCUUGCGACGUUUGUGACAGGGUCCAUGGGUUCGUUCUUGCGCACGUACUCGCUCGGCAUGGCCGCUGAACGCAUUGCUGCCAAGUUGAGAAGGAGAUUGUACAGGACGUUGUUGUUGCAGGAGCUGAGCUUUUAUAAUGACCGUAAGGUGGGCGAACUCGUGACGAGACUUAGUCGUGACUGUCAACAGACGGCCAAUGCUGUUGUUGACGUGCUGUCCAACGGAUACCGGUCGUUAAACUCGGCCCUGGGUGCAUCCUGCAUGCUGCUGACAAUCUCGCCCAAGUUGACGCUCGUGUCGUUAACGAUUUUGCCGCUCGUAGGCACGAGUGCCAUGCUCUUUAGCAAAUUAUCGAGCCGAUUGGCUACGAAGCAUCAGAAUGCGGUCGCGGACAUGACAGGGGUUGUUGAGGAACGAUUGAAUCACAUUCGUACGGUCAAGCUGUUCUCUGCAGAGCAGGAUGAGCUGACCCGCUUUGACGAGAUUAAUCACGGGAUCUUGGCGAAUGCAAAGAGUGCGAAGCGUGCUCGUGGUAUAUUCAUGGGUGGUCUUUCGCUGUCGGUCAACUGCUCGUUGUUCUCAGUGCUGUACUUUGGCGGAUCCCUUGUGGGAUCAGGGGAACUCACCAUUGGAACGCUUACGUCAUUCGCUCUGUAUAGUGGAUUCAUGGGUCUUGGGUUCUCCGGUCUGUCCUCGUGCUUUAGCGAAAUGAAGAAGACCCGCAUGUCGUCCGAGUCGCUUUUUGACUUGCUAUCGCUUCCACCUGCUACAGAUGGCGACAUGACGUUAGAAAAUGUCAAGGGCUGUGUUAGCUUCAAUGACGUGUCUUUCGCAUACCCGUCGCGCCCGAAUGUCUUGGUGCUGAACCGACUGAACAUGCGGAUUAACCCUGGUGAGGUAGUCGCUAUCGUUGGCAAGAGCGGAGCUGGUAAGACCACAAUUGCGUCACUUAUGUCCAAGAUUAUCAAGCCCACAAGUGGCACCGUAACGCUGGAUGGCGUGGACAUUGCGACAUUGAAGGCGUCGUGGCUACGUAAACAGAUUGGAGUCGUUAAUCAGGAACCGUCGCUUUUUGCGUCUACUGUUGCUGAAAACAUCAUGUACGGAGCCGAGGUGUACGAUAAGGAGCAGCUUAUUAGAGCUGCUACGGAAGCGCACGCGCACGAGUUCAUUAUGGAACUGCCAAACAAGUACGACACGUUUGUGGGUGAAAAGGGUGUUGAGCUAUCGGGCGGUCAAAAGCAGCGUAUUGCUAUUGCUCGCGCGCUCUACAAGAAGACGAACAUCCUUCUUUUGGAUGAAGCCACGAGCUCUCUCGAUGGUCGCAGCGAGGACCUGAUCCGGCGUUCAAUUCAGUCAGCGGCAGUGGGCCGAGCUGUGUUGAUCAUUGCGCAUCGGCUGAACACGAUCAGACAUGCCAGCCGCAUCAUAUUGCUAGAAGAUGGCGUCACCGCUGAGACUGGCACCUUUGAGGAUCUGUACGAAGAAGGCACCAAGUUUUACAAUCUGGCUCACAGUCAAGCUCCAAUAGUUUAA